CACCUGGGCACAGCCUGCGAACUGCAACACCAGAAGCUCAGCCCUGACAAUGACGGCCACACCGACAUUUCGAGGUGUGCGCCAUUCGCUGAUCUCGACGCCCUCCGACCUUGUGCUCUCGCUCCUCGCGCCUUCCGUUCGAUGCACCCGAAGCGCACCCGUAGCUCGAUUCUCUACGUCGCCGGCAUUAUGGAAACGAGAUAACAACAAGAACCGGGGGCUGUCUGCUAUCAGACAUACUGGGCCGCGUCGGAGACAGACGCUCUCUGUCAAGCAGAAAGACUACGCGAACCAGCAGCUGCCGACGCCCGUAGAACGCACGUCCACGGUCUAUGGCGAUCCUGACCACGGUCUCUGGGAGUUCUUCACGGGCAAGAAGCUGCUGAGAACACCACAGGAAGAGUCGCGGCAUGGGCGAGCAUGGACAGUCGCCGAGCUUCGCGAACGGAAUUGGGAGACCCUACAACAGUUGUGGUGGGUGUGCGUGAAGGAGCGCAACCGCCUUGCAACAGAGAAGAUUGAGCGGGCCCGGCAAAAAGCCGGUUAUGGCGACGUCGAGAAUGAAGACAGGGACAAGACAGUACAAGAGACUAUGAAGGCGAUUGUCGAAACUUUGGUGGAACGACACAAUGCUUACCAGGAGGCGUACGAGCUUGCGAGGCAUGAUCCCACCAUUGAUCUAACCCGCACUGAGAAUCAGUACCAAGAGCCCACAUACGAUCCAGAGGGACUGUAUGAGGCCGCCGAAGACGAUACAGACGGCUCAUUCGACGCUAUGCAGGAGGUUCAGGAGAGACAAGCCUCCAAAGACCAGCCAUCAUCUAGCGCAGACCCUUCGAGCUCGCCCGAUCGAGCCAAAGAACGAACCGCGAACUUGUCUUAGAUGUAUGAAUUGUGGGCAUAGGAAAGGAAUGUGCUCAUCCUAUGGGAACGAGAUGACGCAAGCAGUCGGAUGGACGAUGUCUUCCAAUUACUCCUUCGCGUCGUCCCAGAGUGGCUGGUCUCUGCCAUUGGAUUGUAACGAUAUCAUUGUGUGUAGAAUCUCGUGGGCGAUUAUACUGUACAACAUCGCAGAUCGAGAGACGUGGAGGACGGGUCUUUCUCGACCAUGUAGAGCCGAAGGGACCAUGGGGGCUUGUCUGGCCAAAUAGUGUAUCUAUAGAGGAAAGGGAUGCCCUCGGGCAGGUUACAGUUCCA